GUUUUGUAUUAUUAACGUCUUGCGGGAUCGGCCCGCCUAUUCCUCGAGGGACAGGAAGACGUGCUUGGCUAGCUAGGCUAAAGGGUAUCGAGCAAGUCAGACUACCUUAGACUGGUUGGUCCUUACAUAACUUCUCAUUAGGGCAUACUAUUAUUCAGCAUCUGGCUUCGGGAUUCUUAGCCCGCCCGGCCUGUACAACGCUGCAAGCCUGGGCAGUCCGCAAGCCUCAACGACUGCAACCCUACAGCCUGGAAGCCUGAAACGCAAUGCCUGGAUUCCUGGCCCCGAUAUCAUUACUGCUUUCGAGUUCAUUCGGCGACGAGCUUCGCUUUUACCAUGAUGGCGGCUUCCGGCAAGCCGAAGCCGUGACAGUUCUCUUGAUCGGAGUCAAUCAUAGCUUUGACUGGACGCCACAUGCGCGGCAUUUUUAUUCUCGCAUCGCUCUUAUCGCUCUUAAAGGCUUUGUUAAUUUUGGCAAAUCGCUAUUAAUCUCACCGGCUUCAUUCGGUCAACUUACUUAAG